UUCAUCAUAUUUUCCGUGUGUAUUUUCAACUAUUCUGUAGAUUCCAAACAUUCAGACGAGAGGAGGGUGGCGGACCAGCCCGGAGACGCAGAUGUAGCACAAGACGACAAAUAACCUUCAGAGUGUCUGUGCUGAGGAGCAGCACAUUGACCUGUUACAGGUCUCAUAGGGAUGCUACUCCUCCCUGUCGGGUCGUCGUCCCUUUAGACCUUGACGAACAGGAGUUUGUUCAAGUCCUUCAAGAAAACAUCCCCGCGUUGCCUGAACACUUUGAGCUUUGCCGAGUCAAUGGGCAGCGCAGCAUAAUAGUGUUGGAGGAGCAGUGCCCAAGGGACAUACAUGCCCAGAAUGCCCUAGGGCGCUCUUGUCUCUACCUACGCCCCAAGGAUGUUAUGUCAAACCCCUCCAUACCAGUGGAACAAACACCAGCUGCACCACCAAUUGCAGUUGGGACAACUUCUCCUGCUCCAUCUCCACCAAUCCACACCUCUUCUCCUGCUCCAUCUCCACCAAUCCACACCUCUUCUCCUGCUCCAUCUCCACCAAUCCACACCUCUUCACCUGCUCCAUCUCCACCAAUCCACACCUCUUCUCCUGCUCCAUCUCCACCAAUCCACACCUCUUCUCCUGCUCCAUCUCCACCAAUCCACACCUCUUCUCCUGCUCCAUCUCCACCAAUCCACACCUCUUCUCCUGCUCCAUCUCCACCAAUCCACACCUCUUCACCUGCUCCAUCUCCAGCUCACAAUCAUUUCUAA